UUAGAAGUUAGAACGCUUAACUCCAUUCUUUAAUGAUUCCAACAGCCCUCUCUAGUGGCUUUAUAUUAAUCGCAAGCCCAAGGACAAUGCAAAAUUGUCCUGCAGAUGAAGAUGGACACAUCUUCCCUAUGUGAAAAGGCUCCUCAUGUGGGGGUUGCUGCUGCUGCUGCUGUGGGCAUCAUUUCAUUAGUAUGGCUUUGCUAUCAUACCUUGAAUGGCACAAGGAGCUGUGGACCUCGUGUAUGGCCAAUGGCGGGUAUGCUUCCCUCUGUGUUUUAUCACUUGAAUGAUAUUUACAAUUGGACAACCCAGAUGUUGGCUGAGUGCGAAGGGACUUUGAGGUUCAAGCCUCCAUGGAUGUCUAACAUGCUUUCCCUAGUCACCGCUGAUCCCAAAAACAUCGAGUACAUUCUCAAGACCAAAUUUGGGAGCUUCCCAAAGGGUGCCCACUACCAAUCCGUUUUUUAUGAUCUUCUUGGCGAUGGCAUCCUCAACAUAGAUGGUUCUCAAUGGGAGCGUGCCCGGAAGAGCAUGAGCUCCAUUAUCCAUUCACCCACUUUCAAAGACAUGAUGAUCCACACCAUCCAACAAUCAGUUGAGAGUAAGCUGCUCCCGCUGGUUGACACCUUGUCUAGGACUGGGGAGAUGGUGGAUCUUCAGGGUCUUCUUGUGCGUUUUGGCUUGGAUAACAUGACUAUGCUGAGCUUCGGGGUGGAUUUGGGAAGCUUGACAGCCACAAAAGCUCAUUCAGAGAUCCUGCAAGCCAUCGAAGAAGCAUUGGAUGCAACAGUGCGCAGGUUCAUUCUACCUUCUGUUGUAUGGAAGAGCAUGAGAUAUCUGGGUCUGGGACCGGAAGGGAAACUUAAAGCGUCCCUCCAAAUAAUCAAUGGAUUUGUUGCGAGUGUAAUUGCGUGCAGACGGAAGAAAGUGAGAAGAAGCGAUUUCCAAGGGCAAGAUAUAUUGUCCACAAUGAUGCGAAGUGAGUAUGAGAUGAAAGACGAAGCCCUGCGAGACGCCGCUCUGAACUUCGUGCUAGCAGGAAGGGACACAACCUCCAUAGCGCUCUGCUGGUUUUUCUGCCUGCUUUCAAAACACCCACUUGCAGAAGAAAACAUUCUGCUCGAAAUCAGGCAGAUCAGACGAAACAGAGCCAAAUUGUCGAUGGAGGAGGUGAAAGAGAUGCAUUAUUUGCAGGCUGCAUUGGCGGAAACUUUGAGGCUUUACCCCUCGCUACCCAUUAACUGGAAGCAGGCAAGAAAAGAAGAGGUUUUGCCUGAUGGCACGCGCUUAAAGAAGGGCAGUAAUCUCAUCUUCCCCAUCUACUCCAUGGGAAGGAUGGAGUGGAUUUGGGGUCAGGAUUGUGCCGAUUUCAAGCCUGAGAGAUGGCUGAAAGGGGGCGUUUUUGUGGGUGAAGCGGGAUUCAAAUAUCCAGUCUUUAAUGCAGGGCCCAGAGUGUGUCUUGGCAAGGAUUUCGCUUUCCUGCAAAUGAAAUGGGUUGUGGCUUCUCUUCUUCCUCGAUAUCGAAUCCAGUUGCUUAAUAUUGAUCGAAUUUCUCAGCCUCAGUUGGGGAUCACGCUUGGUUUCGCCAAGGGAUUGCCUGUUACUAUACACCCACGUCAUUGAUUGCAUAUGUAUAAAAAAACAUAUAUAGAUAUAUGUUUGACGGAUGAGAUCCAUGAAAAGUGAGAUCCCUCAGCUUCAUAUACAAUAUAUAUUGAAGAGUUGAGAUACCUGGAACUUCGCAUGUAAAAUCAAUCGAUUUUAUGGAUCUAUAGUAGCUAGUUGUUUAUCGACAGCAAUCUUGAUUAUAAUAAGAUUUGGUCCAUAGCUAUUGACUGUUUGGCGAA